GCAAUAUGGUAAAAGCCUGUUGAAAUGACAUGAAGGAGCUCCCUGACUCCACAUAUAAAUACAUACAAUAAAGCAGUCACGUUUCAGAGCUUCAAAGUUGCAUCAGGGUUUGUAUAUUUUUCCCUUUCUCUCUUUUGAUUGAAGAAAUGCAUGGAUUCAAUCUCAUCCAUCACCUCCUCCCCUCCCCUCACUCUACAAACACAGAAGCGGGGGAACGGUUCAUUCCGAGCCCAUUCUCUCCUGUGGCAGCGUGCUGGGCACAAACUUGUUGCAGCACAACGCUUGUGAUUGUGUAGUUUUUCCUCUCAGAAAGUAUUUUCUUGAUGUUUUUCUUGUAGUGAGGAGGGGGAGAUGAAUCAGUUGGACGGAGACUGCAGCGCGUAAAAAGUUGUGGAUGGUUACUUUUGCGCAUAAACAUUUAAAGGACUAUAUUGUCUCCAAAAGUUGCGGCAUAAAAGAAGAGCAAGUCAAAUUCUUCCCUUUGCAAAAAUAUCACCCACAAGCAGGCUGGAAGACCAUCCACUCCGGAGAUCACCGCGAAUCCGCAGAGCGCAGAUGAUCGCAACUGGUGUUUGUGGUGUCGCGCUGGUGCUGGUGUUGGUGGUCCUGAUCCCGGUCGUGGUCAACACCGCCGGGUCUCCAGCCCGGUACGAGAUGCUGGGGUCCUGUCAGAUGGUGUGCGACUCCCACGGGACUGCAGCCACGGCCACAGCCAAGGCAACCAGCCCGAUCAAAGACAACCGCCUGGUUCAGUCGCUUCCCACGUUCAUCCAGGGUCCUCAGGGAGAGCCGGGACGCGUCGGGAGGAUGGGUCCGAGGGGUCCGGUGGGCGAGCCCGGGCCACCUGGACCUACCGGUCCGCCCGGAGAGAGAGGGCCACCGGGUCCCCCCGGACCACCCGGUGCAAAUGGGCCUAACGGUGCCAUCAGCGCUGCCACAUACAACACAAUCCCAAAAAUUGCGUUUUAUGCAGGACUGAAGAAGCAGCACGAGGGAUAUGAAGUGCUGAAAUUUGACGACGUGGUCACAAAUCUGGGGAAUCACUAUGACCCCGCUUCAGGGAAAUUCACCUGCUCAAUACCGGGGAUUUACUUCUUUGUUUACCAUGUGCUGAUGCGAGGCGGAGAUGGAACCAGCAUGUGGGCUGACCUCUGUAAAAACAACCAGGUGAGAGCCAGUGCCAUCGCCCAAGACGCCGAUCAGAACUACGACUACGCCAGCAACAGUGUCGUCCUGCACCUCGAGCCCGGGGACGAGAUCUACAUCAAGCUUGACGGCGGAAAGGCGCACGGGGGCAACAAUAACAAGUACAGCACCUUUACCGGCUUCAUGCUGUACGCUGAUUGAAACAAGGAGAAGAAGAAAAAAGAUCCGCUUAUUAAAAGGUGGACAACAUCUGCUCUGCACAUAGCUUGCUUCACUGCUCAUGCUCAAUUCAAUGUCAGUUGGAUUAUUAGAGGCAGAGCUCAACAUUUCCAUUUUUCAAAAAGAGUCCAGAGAGAUGAGGACGUCAUGCGAAAAAAAGAGAACAGAACUGCAACAGGAGAAGAGCUUACAGUGUAAUUACAGAAUAAUGAUAA